AUGGGUUCUACGCUUGACAACACGACGCUUUCUACUAUAUCUCUGCUCGAGGCGCGCCUCAUGCGCAUAGAGCAUUUGCUAUUCGGCCACACAACACAACAACCCAAAGUAUCGGCGACCAGGAGCAUGCAAGAGCUCGAACAUCGAUUUGGGAUUCUCCUCCAACGAAUGCGCGUGUACGCCGAGCUCCUCAAACUCUACAAAUCUCAACCAACGCUCUUUCAGCCUCCUCCUCCCUCCGAGCCUCCGUCUGAACUCUCCUCCGAUGCUCUGCGCGCCAUUGUCCUCGCCGCUGCAUCCUCAUACCCCGCUACUGCGUCUGCCCUGACAGCCAUUUCCGACACACCGGUGCCCGACCCGGCGCACACGGCGAGCCUAGCGUCCUUGCUGCCGCGUAUGAAGGGCAUCGAGGCGACACAGCUGGCGCAGGCCGCCGAAAUCGCGGAGCUGAGAGCCCGCAGCGAGGAUGUCAUACGCCGCUGGUACGAGGGUGACGUCUUGGGGUACUCGAACUUUGUGGCAGGUGUGGAGGGACGCGUAGAGAGGGCUGAGCGCUCUGUGAGAAGAGUGGAGAAGGCAAGAACUGAGAUUUGA